GGGCGGUGCCGCAGGGGCGGCGCCCGGGAACAUGGCGAAGACGUACGACUAUCUGUUCAAGCUGCUGCUCAUCGGCGACUCGGGCGUGGGGAAGACGUGCGCGCUCUUCCGCUUCUCCGAGGAUGCCUUCAACGCCACCUUCAUCUCCACCAUCGGCAUUGAUUUUAAGAUUAGAACUAUAGAGCUAGAUGGCAAGAGAAUCAAGCUGCAGAUAUGGGAUACCGCCGGGCAGGAGCGAUUCCGCACCAUCACAACGGCGUACUACAGAGGAGCCAUGGGCAUUAUGUUAGUCUAUGACAUCACCAAUGAAAAGUCUUUCGAAAACAUUCGGAACUGGGUCAGGAACAUCGAAGAGCAUGCCUCUCCAGACGUCGAAAAAAUGAUCCUUGGGAACAAAUGUGAUGCAAAUGACAAAAGACAAGUUUCCAGAGAGCAAGGGGAGAAGCUUGCAGCGAGUUUUGGAAUUAAAUUCAUGGAGACCAGCGCAAAAGCAAAUAUAAACAUAGAGAAUGCAUUUUUCACUCUUGCCAGAGAUAUCAAAGCAAAAAUGGACAAGAAGUUGGAAGGCAAUAGCCCACAGGGCAGCAACCAGGGAGUCAAAAUCACACCAGACCAGCAAAAGAAAAGCAGCUUUUUCCGAUGUGUUCUUCUGUGAGGGACACAGCCUUAAUCUGAGCGCCUGCUCAGCCCAACUGGACUGUGCCUGCUCUGAGUGAGACUUCUCUGUCUGUGGACUGUAGCGUUUCCAGCAAACCUUGUCACUCUGUGACCAUCUGAAUAAGAAAUUGUUUAUUUUAGUAAUUGUCUGACUCUUCAAUUUUGGAGAUGAAACAAGUUUAUUUUUGUCAGAUUGCCACGGGGCAGGCAUUGUGUGGCAGAGGAGCACAGAUCGAACGUGACCUGUAAGAGCACCUCUGCUGACAGGCUUCAAUCUCACUGUUUGUAUCUCUAGCGUAUCCAAAUUAGAAAGAUGAAGUUAUAAUCAAAAUCAGAAACUGAAAUGCCAAUAUCAAUAAAGUACAGGUGCAUGUACUUGGUACAUCUGCA